CCGUCGUGACGCUAUUCUCCUGCGACGGCGCGUGAGCGGAGGGCACUGGCGGCGGCCUGUCUCCGGCGGGAAAACCGAGAGCAGCCUCUUCUCUUCGGCGUCUGACCUGGCAACGGAAGGCCAAGCGGCACGAUGACGGACCGCUACACCAUCCACAGCCAGCUGGAGCAUCUCCAGUCCAAGUACAUCGGCACGGGCCACGCCGACACCACCAAGUGGGAGUGGCUGGUGAACCAGCACCGCGACUCGUACUGCUCCUACAUGGGCCACUUCGACCUUCUCAACUACUUCGCCAUUGCCGAGAACGAGAGCAAAGCGCGAGUCCGCUUCAAUUUGAUGGAGAAGAUGCUGCAGCCCUGUGGGCCGCCCGCCGACAAGCCCGAGGAGAACUGAGCCCUCCCGGCCCCCGUCGGCGCCGCCUUCCCGCGCCUUCCGCCGCCCUGGCUGGCGUCCCGGCGCCUCCGCGUCCCGAGUCUGGCGUGCGUGGCCAUGGUGUCCAGAGGUGACGCUGGGCUGCUUCGUGCUCCCCUUGGACGUGGCAGUGAGAGGCCGUCGGGACCUGGAGCUGCGGGAGGGGAAGGCUGCGCUGGACUGAGGCGGGACUGAGGCGGCGCUCGGCCUGUUGUUCCAUAAAGUUUAGAAAUUUCG